AUGGAGUCAUAUAACAAGAGUCAAGCACCAGAAGAUGACACCAGUGCCCACGCAUUCCUGAGCUCCUUCCUCAUGAUCGUCGUGUCGGAAAUUGGUGACAAGACGUUCCUCAUCGCGGCCAUCAUGGCAACGCGACACGCACGGUCCACCGUGUUCGCCGGCGCGUUCGCAAGCCUGGUCCUCAUGUCCAUUCUGAGUGCCGCACUGGGACGGAUUAUCCUUGGUCUUAUCCCCAAGGUGUGGACGCUCUGGGCUGCCGCAGGCCUGUUCCUCGUCUUUGGCGUCAAGAUGCUGCAGGAAGCCUUCCACAUGUCACCAUCACACAUGGCCGACGAGAUGCGCGAGGCCGAGGAGGAGAUUGAGGAGGACGAGAGCAUGCACGACCCAUCCAACCCGCUGGGCACGUCGGUGCCCCUCGAGGCCAUUGAGGAAGGUCGCGCUGCCCGUGGUCCCCUCGAGAACUCGCUUGCGUCCCGCAGCCGCGCUGCUUCCCCUGCCCCCGCACACCGUGGCGCGUCCCCGCGUCGCAGCCCCUCCAUCUCCCUUCGCGACGGCGUCGGCGCCUUCAAGCACUCGGACAUUCUCUCGCGUGCCCGUGAAGGAUGCAGGAACGGCGUGCAGCUCAUGACCAACCCCGUGUUCGCCCAGGCGUUCAUCCUCACCUUCCUGGGCGAGUGGGGCGACCGUUCGCAGAUUGCUACCAUCGCCAUGGCCGGCGCUCACUCCAUCCCCGUGGUCGCGUUUGGCACCAUCCUCGGCCACAGCCUGUGCACACUCAUGGCCGUCAUGGGCGGCAGGUAUCUGUCGACCAAGAUUUCCGUCAAGCACAUCUCCCUUCUUGGCGCGUGCGCCUUCAUCGUCUUUGGCCUCCUGUACGCCAUCGAGGCAUACCAGACGCCCUACGGCAUCGACGUUCCCGAGAUCUAA